AUGCAUCUCUCAUCCGUGAUUCUCGGAGCCUGUCUCCUCGCCAUCGGCGCAAACGCCGAUCCCGUCAAAGGCACAAUCUUCUACGGCUGCCACGUAGACGGCGCCGACUGCUGGUACGCGACCGACCGCACCGUCAGCGGCGUGCGCUGGCCCCCGUCGACGGACAUGGUCUCCUGCAGCAACAACAACAUGCCCCAAGGCCACAAGCGACCUUUAAUCUUCCCGGAUCCUGAAUCGUUCAGACCUUUUUUCAAGCCUUUAGAGAACUUCCCGGACUUGUGA